GCUAAGGCACCCGGUCAGUCUUGUUGUGUAUCUUUGCGGAGAGACCUUGUCAAGAAUUUUUGGAAAUGGUGUCGAGGAUUGUGUGUAUUAUGACGAUUGCUGGGCUCGCGAGCGGAGCGGUGUGGCAGGGGGCGAGGUUGCCAGAGAAACCUAGAGAGCAUGCUCACAAGCAGGGUUGCUACGUUGAUGAAAUCGAUGACGUCAUACCUUUUGGUGGAAUCGUGACUCCACUUGGCAGAUGCUACAGGAUAGAAUGCACACACUACAGAGUGGAAUACGCUUCAUGUGGUGUAGUAAGCACAGAUUCAGCGAACUGCUUCAUAACAGACACGGAUGUCAGCAGACCUUACCCUCACUGCUGUCCUGACGUCAAGUGUGAAGAUGACAAUUAUUUGUAUAAGUAAUGAGUAGAAUUAGUUAGGAGCUAUGAGUUGUUAUCGUUGACAUUUAAUUGUAUAAUAGAGAUGGAAGUUAUAAGAGAUCAUGUUGAAGAACAGAAGAAAUAUCGUAGAAACAAAUAAAGCUCAAAGAAAGAAGUUUAGAAGACAAAAGCCGACCAAGAAGUAAAAAGAGAAGAAAAUAAGGAUGCAGCUGUAGUUCUAAACGUUUAACGACCUGAAGAAGGUGGAGGGAAGUGAGUGAAUGAGGAAGGUGGCCAUGGACGCGCUCUUGGGAAGGUCUAUGUCUAGCAUUGGACCUAAAUGGGCUGAUUGAUUGAUUAAAAUGUUUGAUGUUAACUUUGAUACUAAUAAUAACUUUAAAAAGAAAAUAAAUGAAUAUAGAAAUGUAAAAGUUUAAAGAUUUGUAAAAAUAAAUAAUUACGAUGAAGACAACACAGACAAAGCAAAACUAGACCAGAAUGUAAAAUUAAAAAACAAAAGAAAUAAAAUUAAAAAUAAACAAGUUGUAGAAUCAGGUUAUUUCUUAUUAUCAAAAAACCAGAUUUACUUACUUACUAAUAUGAAUAAAAUAUUACGUUAGUUUAAGUUCUGUUUGGUUUAUCGUAACUGUAUAAUUAGUAAUUAUAGGUAGUUGUAAAUGUCUUCAAUAUAUUUCUUCGAUUUCAAUAUGAAAAUCGUGUUAAAACAAUGUCAUGUUAGAUUGUAAACAAAUGUCCAUUAGCAAUAAAACUUGUAGAAAUCAGCUGUCAAUGUGUCAAAGUGAAUUUCUGUAAGUUUUUGUAAUGAAAACUAAAGUGAACUGUACUCAAUGACUUUCAUAUACAGUGACUGAAAUAUACAGUGGCAGAUUUGCCCUAAGGCCCAGUAGGCCAGGGCCUAGGGGGGCCAGAUAUUAAUUGCGUCCAAUUGUAACAAAAAGCUGAUGUUAUGGUAAAAAUGUGAGGAAAGUUGCUAAUAAAGUAAAUUUGUUAUGUAGUCUAUAUAAUAUGAUGGGCGCUGAGAAAGAGGUGGCUGGUACCUGCUUACUACGUGCAAAUCCGCCACUGGAAACUGUUUUUAUUUAGGUUAUAGUGAAAAUGGCAUACCAGUGACUUGCCAGGUCUAUUUUUUGCUAGUAUCAUUGCUAUUAGACACUUUGCGUGAGAAUAGAAAUUGGUUUUGAAAAUGUCAACGUAGCUUUAGUGCUCCUGUAAUACUUAGAUAUUGAUAGAGUUCCUGAAAUAAGAGUUGGAGAUGAAAAUAAUGCUUAAAGGUUUCCUUCACAUUAUAAGAACUACUUAGAAAUUACUUUGUAAAAAGAAUUGGAAUAACCAAGGAAUGCUUGUUUGAUAGGCAAUGCAGAUCUUGUUGUUUAUUAGCAUAACUGUGCUUUUAAUAUUGAUAAGUUUUUAAUAAACUCCUGAUGACUUGUAAGGAGUUCUUAUUAUGUGAAGGAACCCUUUGCCAUUACUCUGACUCGAGAAGCUAUCUUGCCGCCAAAUUGUUAUUAUUUAUUUAAUUAAAUUAGUUUUUUUGUA